GAAAUUAGGCAUCCAUCCCUUCCAUCUUAAACAAACCAAACCACAAUUCUGGUCUCUCUCUCAUCAAAUUAAUGGCGAAUUCGACAAACUCGCCGGAGAAACCAUCCACGACUGAACAACCACCGUCACAAUCCGAUAACCCGAAUCCAUCUGUUUCGGAUCUACCCGAUCCAUCACCGUCAUCUUCCACCGUUCCACCACAAUCAUCAUCAAUUCCCCCACCAGCAAACCCUAACCCUAAUUUACAACAACAGACGGCCGUCGCACCGCCGCCUCAGAUCCAACCGUACUCCACCGUCCCUCCUUCUUUCCGUCCGCCGGUGCCUCUGCCGUCUGUUGUUCCUCAGUUCUCUCCAAUUCCAAACCCUAACUUUCAAAAUCAUGGAAUUCCGCCUCAGGGGCAGGGUCAGGUUCAGCCGCCGGGAGUUAUGAUGUACGGGCAGCCAGGUCAGCAUCCCGGUCAACCCGGUCAGCCUCCAGUUAGGAUGUAUUCGCCCAUGCCUAAUGGUUAUCAUAUGGCUGUGAAUCCACCAGGAAUCAUACGUUAUGCCCCUCCGUACCCACAAAUGAUCCGACCUGCAUAUCCUCUAAGACCACUUGGUCCGGGAGGAGUUCAAGUAUUACAACGCCCUCCAAUGAUGCUUGUGCGGGGUCCAGUUCCUACCAUCAUGAGGCCACCUAUUAAUCCAAACAUCCCUCAAGCAGAAAAGCCAAUGACCACAAUUUAUGUUGGCAAGAUAGCAUCAACGGUGGAUAAUGAUUUUAUGCUCUCUCUCCUGCAACUCUGUGGGCCUGUUAAAAGUUGGAAACGUGUUCCAGAUCCCACUACUGGGGCUUUGAAGGGCUUUGGGUUUUGUGAAUUUGAAUCCGUGGAAGGAGUUUUACGUGCUUUACGGAUUUUGAGCAACUUAAGUAUUGAUGGUCAAGAGCUUAUGUUAAAUUUUGAUAAGGCAACAAAAGAGUAUCUUAAGCGUUAUGUUGAGAAGAAAAAGGAGAACACGAAGAAUCAAAAAGCGACAGAUGCUGAAGGUGCAGUCAAAGAAGAAGACAAGGAGGAACCUCCGAAGCCUUCUAUAGAGGAAUUAAAGGAAGUCAAGAAGGAAGAUGAUAAUAAUGAAUCAAACAAAGAAAAUGAUGACUACUCUACCUUUGGUCUGGUGACGGAUGAUGAUAAUGAAGCUGACCGUGAAGCCAGUGCAAAACUUACAGGAAUGAUAGAAGAGAGGAUCAAGAAUAAACCUUUACCACCUCCACCUCCUCCCCCACAAAUUGCUCCUGAUGUUCUAGUUGCUCCAACCUCUGAACAUCUAGCAAAAUCCAGGGAUGGUGACUCAGAUUUGGAUACGACGAGAAAUGUGGAGGAUAGAAAUGAUGAAGAAAUGAUUAGCAAAAGCAUACCUCUCAGUGAAAGCGAGAAAGCUGAAACAAGUUCACCCGACCGGAAUAAUAGGCGGAGCAAAGACAGAGAUCGGGACCUGAAGCGUGAAAAGGAACGCGAAUUAGAAAGAUACGAGAGAGAGAGGGAGCAGGAACGGGCUAAGAGAGAGAGGGAUAGAGAAUACAAAAUACGCGAAGAUGAACGGAGAUAUCGGGCUCGUUUGAAGGAUUGGGAAUCCCGGGAAAAGGAGAAAGAGCGAGCUCGCAAACAAGAGAGAGAAAGGGAAAAGGAGAGAGAACACGAUAGAAAAUCUGAGAUAUUUGAUCAAGAAAAUGAUGAUAGUUAUAGCAAAAAGAGAAAAUAUAGAAGUAGUGGGGAGGAAAGAGAGGAAAGAAAACGGAGGUUAAGGGAAAAGGAAGAUGAUAUUGAUGACAAAAUCAGAGAGGAAGAAGAGACUGCUGAAGCGAAGAAGAAAGAAGAGGAAGAGAGAGAGCGGCAAAAAGAACAACAAAAACAUGCCUUAGAAAUUCUGUCUAAUAAUACCACAAAUGGAUCUGAAAAUGCUAUGGCUGUUGAUGGAAGUUUGUUAGAAAUUAGAAAUAAGGCUGUUGAUCACGAGACCAAUGAUGUUGCGACGGAGCUUGGAAAUGGGAUCGGUAACAAUGCUACACAAAACGGAACUGGUGAGGAUUCUGUCAUGGUAUCUGUGGCUGCAUCAGAAACAAAGCAAGGCAACACUGUCCAGACCAAGAAGUUAGGGUUUGGUCUUGUGGGGUCAGGAAAAAGAACUACCGUUCCUUCUCUUUUCCACGAAGAGGAAGAUGAGGAAGCACAUAAGGACAAAAAGAUGCGGCCUUUGGUUCCAAUUGAUUACUCAACUGAAGAAUUGCAGGCUGUCCGAGAAACUACUCCCCUUGCACCUUCUUCUAGUUUGGCUGCAGCAGCUGAAUUUGCAAAGCGAAUUGGACAUGCAAGUUCGAAAGAAGAAAGGCCCGAAUCAGAAAGAGAACGGAGUAGACGGGCCCAUGAUAGAUCGGGCCAUCGGGAUCGGGAGGAAGCUAGUCGAUCCAGAGAUGAGACCAGAGAGAAAGAGCGUGAGCGUGGAUCAGAGAAAGUAAAGACACCAGAUAAUAAGAAACUUUUGGAUGCAAAACAAUUAAUUGACACAAUUCCGAAGACCAAGGACGAAUUGUUCUCUUAUCGGAUAAAUUGGGCAGUUUAUGACAAGAAUGGAUUGCAUGAAAGGAUGAGACCAUGGAUUUCCAAGAAAAUAACAGAGUUUUUGGGUGAAGAGGAGAUGACCCUUGUAGAUUACAUUGUGUCAAGCACUCAAGAACAUGUGACUGCAAAUGAGAUGUUUGACCGGCUUCAAUCUAUUCUUGAUGAUGAAGCGGAAAUGUUUGUGCUGAAAAUGUGGAGAAUGCUUAUUUUCGAAAUCAAGAAAGUGGAAACUGGUCUUGCUGGGAAAACCAAGGCUUGAUGCAUCUUUUUGUCAUUGUGGUAUUUCUAAGUCGUUGUUAUAGAUUAGCACAUUUCUUUCAGUUACAAUUUUUUUUUUCCCGGUUAAUUUAGAUAAGUCAGCCAUUAGAUCAAUUUAACUGAAAUAUGCAUGGUAUCACAAACUAAUAUCUCCCAGUUGUCUCCUGAAUAAUUCUAAUGUAGAAUCUUUGAACGUA